CGCGCGCGAUGGAGGGCGACGGUGGGAGCCCGUGGGCCCUGGGGCUGCUGCGCACCUUCGACGCGGGCGAGUUCGCGGGCUGGGAGAAGGUCGGCUCGGGCGGCUUCGGGCAGGUGUACAAGGUGCGCCACGUCCACUGGAAGACGUGGCUCGCCAUCAAGUGCUCCCCGAGCCUGCACGUCGACGACAGGGAGCGCAUGGAGCUUCUGGAAGAAGCCAAGAAGAUGGAGAUGGCCAAGUUUCGCUACAUCCUGCCCGUGUACGGCAUCUGCCGCGAGCCGGUCGGCCUGGUCAUGGAGUACAUGGAGACGGGCUCCCUGGAGAAGCUGCUGGCCUCCGAGCCACUGCCGUGGGAUCUGCGCUUCCGCAUCGUCCACGAGACCGCCGUGGGCAUGAACUUCCUGCACUGCAUGUCGCCCCCGCUCCUGCACCUGGACCUCAAGCCCGCCAACAUCCUGCUGGACGCCCACUACCACGUCAAGAUUUCCGACUUCGGGCUGGCCAAGUGCAACGGGCUGUCCCACUCGCACGACCUCAGCAUGGACGGCCUGUUCGGCACAAUCGCCUACCUCCCGCCAGAGCGCAUCCGAGAGAAGAGCCGGCUCUUUGACACCAAGCACGACGUGUACAGCUUUGCCAUCGUCAUCUGGGGCGUGCUCACACAGAAAAAACCGUUUGCAGAUGAGAAGAACAUCCUGCACAUCAUGGUGAAGGUGGUGAAGGGCCACCGCCCGGAGCCGCCGCCCGUCUGCAGAGCCAGGCCCCGUGCCUGCAGCAGCCUGAUCCGCCUCAUGCAGAGGUGCUGGCGGGAGGAGCCGCGGGAGCGGCCCCCCUUCCAAGAAAUUACUUCUGAAACCGAGGACCUGUGUGAAAAACCCGAUGAUGAAGUGAAAGAAACAGCUCAAGACGUGGAUGUGAAGAGUCCGCCGGAGCCCAAGGGCGAGGCCGUGCCGGUGUCCACGCGUCUCAAGCGGGCCUCUGCCCCCACCUUCGACAACGACUACAGCCUUUCCGAGCUGCUGUCGCAGCUGGACUCCGGGAUCUCUCAGACCAUCGAGGGCCCGGAAGAGCUCAGCCGCAGCUCCUCCGAAUCCAAGCUGCCCUCGUCCAGCAGCGGCAAAAGGCUCUCGGGCGUGUCUUCAGUUGACUCUGCCUUCUCUUCCAGAGGGUCACUGUCUCUGUCCUUCGAGCGAGAGCCUUCGAUGGGUGAUCUGGGCACCACAGACAUCCAGAAGAAGAAGCUCGUGGAUGCCAUCGUGUCUGGGGACACCAGCAAGCUGAUGAAGAUCCUGCAGCCGCAGGACGUGGACCUGGUGCUGGACGGCAGCGCCAGCCUGCUGCACCUGGCCGUGGAGGCCGGGCAGGAGGACUGCGUCAAGUGGCUGCUGCUGAACAACGCCAACCCCAACCUCACCAACAGGAAGGGCUCCACCCCGCUGCACGUGGCCGUGGAGAGGAGGGUGCGGGGCGUCGUGGAGCUCCUGCUGGCCCGAAAGAUCAGCGUCAACGCCAAGGACGAGGACCAGUGGACGGCCCUCCACUUUGCAGCGCAGAACGGGGACGAGAGCAGCACGCGGCUCCUGCUGGAGAAGAAUGCCGCCAUCGACGAGGUGGACUUCGAGGGCCGGACGCCCAUGCACGUGGCCUGCCAGCACGGGCAGGAGAACAUCGUGCGCAUCCUGCUGCGCCGCGGCGUGGACGUGAGCCUGCAGGGGAAGGAUGCCUGGGUGCCGCUGCACUACGCUGCCUGGCAGGGCCACCUGCCCAUCGUCAAGCUGCUGGCCAAGCAGCCAGGGGUGAGCGUGGAUGCCCAGACGCUGGACGGGAGGACGCCCCUGCACCUGGCCGCCCAGCGUGGGCACUAUCGCGUGGCCCGCAUCCUCAUCGACCUGUGCUCCGACGUCAACGUCUGCAGCCUGCUGGCCCAGACGCCCCUGCACGUCGCAGCGGAGACGGGGCACACGAGCACCGCCAGGCUGCUGCUGCAUCGGGGCGCCAGCAAGGAGGCCGUGACCGCAGACGGCUGCACCGCCCUGCACCUGGCUGCCCGCAAUGGACACCUGGCCACCGUCAAGCUGCUCAUCGAGGAGAAGGCCAACGUGCUGGCCCGGGGGCCCCUGGACCAGACGGCCCUGCACCUGGCCGCCGCCCUCGGACACUCGGAGGUGGUGGAGGCGCUGGUCAGCGCCGAUGUCAUCGACCUGCCUGACGCGCAGGGGCUCAGCGCGCUGCACCUGGCCGCCCAGGGCAGGCACGCUCAGACGGUGGAGACGCUGCUCAAGCACGGGGCGCACAUCAACCUGCAGAGCCUCAAGUUCCAGGGCGGCCAGGGCUCCACCGCCAUACUCCUGCGACAGAGCAAGACCUAGCCUGCUGCCCGCGGGGACCAGGGGUCCUCCUGGGGCUCCGGUCCUGUCGUGUGUUCCUCUUGCGGACGGAACGAUGCUGCACAGAGCAUCUCCCCUCGCCCCGUCAAGGCUUGCUGAGACAUUGACCGAGCGGAGGUGACAGGUGCCGUGGGGAAGCGGGGCCCUGCUGACGGGUGUGUUGCCACCGCGUGAAGUUGGCUGAAAUGUGCUUGGCUGUUCACCCACCCGCUGACAGAAGUGCCUGGUGUCGGAAGGGACAAUGCGUCGGAAUCAUUUCGUUGUGCUCCUAACGGGCUGCUGACACUGCUCUCGAAGGGGCAAAGCCCCAGGCAAGGACGAGUCCACUCUGUCCUCAGGGGACCCGCCUGACUGCUCGGAGCACCUUGGUCUGGAGCGAAGAGGUGCAGGAAGAACCGUUUCUCACCUUCACACACGGUUGCGAGCAGAGAAGCUUCGUGUCUCAGAAAGUUUCAGUGGAGUUCUUAUGUUAUAAAAUAUCUUUAAUAGAUGAAUAUCAUAUCAGCUGUUUCUUGAAACCUGUUAAAGACAUUCCUAACAUUGGAUAGUCUAGUCUCUUAGCAGUGACUAAAGUCAUAGGGUUGGCUUUAAAAACAAUGUUUUAUGCAAUGAGAAAUGAACAACAGCAUUGUUGGGGUAUGUGUGUGGCCAGCUCUUUUAUAUCUUGAUUUGUUUGUCCUUGUUUUAGUCCCUGGGGGCAAACACACACACAUCCCAACAAUGCUAGUUGUGAUCGUGCAUUUCUUGUUGUAUAAAACGUUUUUGGAAUUCUAGAGCCACUUAUAAAAGUCAUUAACAAAUUCUCACUUUAUAAUUUCAGUUUUGGACUGAAGUUAUAAAACAGUAUCACCUGGUUAGUGGAGUCACUCAUCUGGUCUCUUUCCAGCUCUCGUUUUUGGUAAAGUGGUUGUUCGUACUGAGGGGGGAUAGUGUUUGGGGUCUCAGAGGGGAUUUCUGACCUGCUUUGC